GGUUUGUGUUGCAGUAGGCUUAUCCUAUGAAGAUAUGGCACGCAUUUUGCAUUAAACCAGCAUUGCACAGCAGUUCAGGUGUUUCACUAACCGAAGUGUUAGGCAGUGACACAAGAUUUUAUAGUCCUACGAUGAGUGACAUGUUUGCUUCACCUGCUCCUGGCAAAAGACUCUUGACUGAAAAUCCUCCAAUUGUAAUGCUUCCCUCUGUCCUCGGUAUCAUUACCAUGGAUGAUGGGCUACCAAAAGCAGCGCACAAAUCUGCGGUCUUAGAAAUGGGGUGUGCUGGUGAACUGGCUUGUAUUGACUUUGAAUCCCACCAGGACACCCUUCCCUUUUCUCCAGACGCACCCCAGAACUUUUCACUCAGCUCCCUGACAUCUCCUAGACCUCUACUGCACAGCACUCUUCGUGCUCAGAGCCCAAGGUUGCACGCUAGUCGGCAAGGUCUCUUGGAACUCUCUAUGAGUUCAGAUGGACACUUUAUGGAACAGAAACCCCAGGUGAAUGAGCCCUUGAGUUCUUCUAAACAUCUCUCAGAAAUGAAGUUUACCUCAACAGCCUUCUUCACUGUUACAAAGAGAAAACAAGGUGAGAAUAGUGAGGAGGAAAACCAAGCUGACCGAGAAAAGGAUGGUUGCAAUUUUCAGGCUGCAAAAAGAACAGCACUUCAGCUUCCAUCAGAAUUAACCUUGGAUCCUGUUAAGUCUUUUGGGGAGGAAAAGCUGGUAGGUUAUGUGGAUAAAGUGUCUUCCUCAAGACCAGAACACAGACUAUCAAAAAAUAGGUUACUUGAGGCUUCAAGACGGACCUUUCCUUCCCCUGUUGUGCCAGUCAGCUGGACAUCUGCCUCGGGGUUCAUGUCACAGUUUGUUAAAGAAGGUAACUGUAGAAUGUCCUAUCCUCAUACGUGUAUGGAUGUAGGCACAAGAAAGACUGUGGACCUCUCUAAACCUGCUGUAUCGAGUGGAGAAAGCCUAGAGGCUGUUGAGAUGAGGAAAGAUAGACUGGAAGUGCUGGGUUAUGAGACUGCUACUACAGGGUUUCUGUCUGUGGCUUACAAGAAGGAUAGCUCCAUGCCUGAGGAUUUUUUAGAGGUGGAUCAAGAACACCAAGCAAGAUUUAGCCUUGGUGCUCUCAGCAACCCGGCAAAGGGAAGGCAAGGCGGGGAGGACAGCGCAGUAACCGUGGCGAUUAGAGUGCGGCCACUAAACUCAAGGGAACAGAAAAUGAAGGCCAAGUCUGUGGUGUCUGUUUCGGGGCAGGAGACUACUGUUCACCCCCCACACAGCCAGCAGAAGUUCUCGUUCUCCUUCGACUUCUCCUUCUGGUCAUGUGAUGCCCAGGAUGGCUGUUAUGCCAGCCAGGAGACAGUCUAUGAGAGUUUGGCUCGUCCUCUCCUCGACAAGGUCUUUCAGGGGUAUAAUGCUUGUCUGUUUGCCUAUGGACAAACGGGAUCUGGGAAAUCCUACACAAUGAUGGGAUACAACGAAGAGGCUGGAAUAAUCCCCCGAUUCUGUGAGGAAAUCUUUCUCAAGGCUGCUGAGGUCAAAGAGGACAAUGUGACCUGUCACAUUGAAAUGAGUUACUUUGAAGUCUACAAUGAGAAACUCCAUGAUCUCCUCACAUCUGACAAAGAAAAGAAUAAAACCAAGAAGACAUCUCUUCGCAUACGAGAACAUCCGGAAUUGGGACCGUAUGUAGCUGGGCUUUCUAAGUACGUGGUUGGCUCUUUCGCAGAUGUGCAGGCCUGGCUAGAGUUGGGAAACAAGCAGAGAGCUACAGCUGCUACUGGAAUGAAUGACAAGAGCUCCCGGUCUCACUCGGUCUUUACAAUGGUGGCGACGCAGACAAAGAGAGAGACUUCAGACGGUGAGUCUCUCACCCACACUAUGAGGAGUCACGUCAACCUGGUGGACCUGGCAGGAAGUGAACGGUCCUCAUCGGCUCAAACCUCUGGAAUGAGACUCAAGGAAGGAGCCAGUAUAAACAGAUCCUUGAUGACUCUUGGCAAGGUGAUUAGUGCUCUUUCUGAAGCGACGCAGUCCAAGAAGAAGCCCUUCAUUCCGUACAGGGACUCGCUGCUAACCUGGCUUUUAAAGGAAAGUCUUGGGGGAAAUUCCAAGACUGCAAUGCUGGCGACGGUGAGCCCAGCUGCAGUAAACCUGGAGGAAACCCUGAGCACUCUGCGCUAUGCGAAACAAGCGCGCAGCAUUAUUAACGUGGCCAAGGUCAAUGAAGACUCCAAUGCAAGGAUUAUUCGAGAGCUAAAAGCAGAAAUCGAGAAGCUCCGAGCAUUCCAGCGAUGUAGCCAAGGAACAGAUUCGAUGAAGUCUGACUCGAGCCUUCACGAGAUACUGUCGCUAAAGCAAAAGCUUCUGGAGCAGGAGAAGAAACUGACAGAGGCUCAACAGGAAUGGAAAGAAAAUCUUGCCAGGGCCGAGCAGUGUAAACUUGAGGAAGCCAGAGAACUUCAGAAGGCGGGCGUCUCUUUCAAAGUGGACAACAGGCUUCCCAACCUGGUGAAUCUGAAUGAGGACCCCCAGCUCUCUGAGAUGCUGCUGUACAUCAUUAAAGAAGGGCAGACUAAAGUUGGUAGACACAUGGUUGACUCGGAGUACGACAUCCAGCUGACUGGAGCGCUCAUUGCAGACAGCCACUGUCUGAUCACAAACGAGCAAGGAACUGUCACGUUAACUCCAGCUGCAGAUGCCGAGACUUAUGUAAAUGGAGAUCUUGUGUCGGAGCCAGUCACUUUGCAUCAUGGAGACCGAGUGAUUCUUGGCAGAGAUCAUUAUUUCCGUUUCAACCAUCCGGUGGAGGUUCAGAAUGGCCGCAGAGCUUCCGAGGGGCCAGUCGCUUGCAAAGAGAUGCUGCAGGACUUUGAAUUUGCUAAGAAUGAGCUGGUUGAAUCCCAGAAGCAAAGGAUUGAAGCAGAAAUUGAAGAGGCGAGACUGCAGGCCCAGCAGGAAAUGAUGCAGGAACUGCAGACCGCGAGAGACCUGGCGCAGAGAGAACUGUCCGCACAGCGCUGCCUCUACGAGGAGCAGAUCCGGGAGCUGCAGAAAGAGAUGGAAGAUGAGCUCAGUAUGAAGCAGGAGCUUCUCAGCAAGGAGAUGGAACAGAAGAGGCACAAACACCUGGGGAAGCUGCUUCUGACUGAGCCAUCCACACAGGAGCUGGAGGAGAGCCAGCUGAGGCACCGCAGGUUCAUGGAGGCUUUGCAACUGGAGAAGGAGAAGCUGGCUCGGGAGAUGGCCCAGGUGCAGCAAGCCCGGCUCAGCAGGGAGGAGGAGAGGAAGAGUGCUGCCAGACAGGGCAAGUCUAAGUGGGGCUCUCUCAGGCUGUCUGCCCUUCUGGAGGAAGCAAACACAAUCAGCAGAGUGCUAAAGAAACCGGUCACAUUCACCAGGAAUGAAUAUCCCAGUGUCAGUGAAGGAGCCCCCUCUGUUCAUGUCCGAGUCACCAACUCUGAGCUGGGAGCCUCUGCACUUUGGGAUCUGCAGACAUUUGAGGGAAAACUCCUUUCUAUGAGGGAGUACUGUCAGGGUUCAUAUGGUGGGUGCGAUGAGGAUGUUUUCCGUUUCCCCACUGAUGUCGAGGUUAAAUCACAUUCACCUCUAAGAAAAAAGGGGCCCUGUGAUGCUGCUGCUUUUGCUAAUGAAAGGCAGGGGAAUUCUCUGAGCCAGCAGCGAUCUGACCAACUCGUAGAAAAAGUGUAUGACUCGGCCCUGGUCUUGGAUACUGGGUGUGUGACUGUCUGUAAGCAGCUGCUCCACUUUGCGAUGGAGGCUCUGGAGAGGGAACAGGAGGCCGGCAGCCUGACUGAGCAGCUCUUGUUGGACCUGCGGGUUGUUACUGAAUCUGCCAAGGCAAUUACACAAACAUAUCAGCAGCUACCCAGGAAUUCUGCAACAAUGUUUCAAAACCCUGACCUUCAGACCCAUGGUUUCAGUGCUGCUACCAGUUUAAACAGUAUGGUUACACUGCUCAGACUGUGGGGGACCUUCAUCUCCCUGUCCAGUUCACAAAGUGCCAUCCUGGACAGCCUUGCUACUGAGCUGAAGAUACUGGGAGGGAGCCUUACCCUUCUGCUUCAUGGCUGUGAGAGUGACAUUGAGUCCAUGGUGAAGGAAUCAAAAGAGAAAAUGAACCAAUCCUCUCUCUGCUUUGCCAGCCAGCUGGGUAGGCUGCUGGUUUCCAUGGGGCCUGAAGGCAGUUUUAUGAUGAUAGAAAAAUGCAGUCUGGAACAAGCAGAGCUUUUCAGUGCCUCGUUGAAAGAGGCAUUGAUGCGCGGAGCAGAUGAAUUCAUUGAGAGCCAGGUCUCUGCUGGAAUAUCAUCAGUGGACCACCUUGAGUCACAUAUCUGGACUGUUGCUUCAGAAAAGAUGACGGAAGAUGCCAAGAAAGGACUUGGUUCCUUUACUUCCUCUCUGACACGGUUAAUGGACAGAAGCAAAGCAUUUUGGGAGCAAAUUUUGUCUUUAAAAAAAGAAAAAACAGAACAAAUUUCAGAUGCUUUUUUAAAAGAGAACUUCACGCUGUAUAAAGUGUUAAAUUCAGAGCUGACUGGGCUACUGAAAGCUGGGGAAAAUAUCUACCAUCUGGCUCUGGAAUAUUUUACAGCAGAUGACCCCAGCCCCCAAAUGCUGAAGCAGUGCAUUGAGUCAGUUCCUAAAGCAGCUGAAACCCUCUCCAAGACCCUGAGCUCUCUAUGGACAGCCGUGUGCGAUGAAUCCCAGGACCAGAGCGCAAUAAUGAAUAGGGAGGCUGACGCCGCCGUGAGGGAGCUGCAUUCUUCUGCGGGACAGUUACUCAAGCUGCUGGAGAGGGAAAGGCAGAGGGCUUUUGAUUGCCGUGACUCCAGGAGCUGCUCACAAACGCUGACAGUUACCCUGCAUGCAGCUGUGGGGGAGGAGUGGGGACCCAGUUCACCCCACCGUGGCUAAAUUGAAUUAUCAGACAUUAACCAAGGAGGGACAGACCCCAGAGAGCAAGAGGACUAUCUCUCUUGAGUGCGUCAACUGCAGACUGAAUACUUUCAGUAUUUUAUUGCUUCUGAACCCUGCACAAAAACUAGCACAGUAGAUGCAAAAAGUGUUACUUUCAAAGAUACGCAAGCACUUCAAGAUUAAACCACUACAGUAUUUUUUGCUCUACCCUGUACCGUAGACAGUCAGUCCUUGUAAUUGAACCCAUUAACAUCUAUACAAAGGACACCUCUGAAUCACAAGACAUUUCAUUUGGACAACCCUGGGGCACUGGCACCUACUUCGGUGUAAUAGUCGGUAUACCUUUUUUACACUACAAAAUAAUAAACAACAUGUAUUAUGACAGCUCUAAUUUAAAUAACAGAUACUGAUCAGUAAAACUUCUAUUUAAGUAAACUGUCAUAAAAUAAUGUUAUAUGGCAAAUCACAUUUGAAAACUUUCCAGACCUGAAAUAAUGGAUUUCGUUUUGUUGUUGCACCUACGCACGAGACAUUACACGUGCUGCGUUUCUUUACCAUGUCUGUUCACAGGUUGUUUGGAAGAAUACUGGCAGGCGGGUCUUUUUAUUUAACGGGUUCAUACUUUUGUUCAGCCAUUUUGAUUUGAUAUUUAUUUAAGCUGCUUUCAAGUUUAACUGUUCUAAUUUUAUGUUUUAGUUUCAAAUAGUUAUUUCAAAUGAGUUGCAUCAUGGCGCAUCCAAGUUUUCAAAGGGUUUAGAGGGGAUGGUGUUGGUCUUAUUUAGAGGGGAUGGUGUUGGUCUUAUUUAUUGUACAUAGGUGUGAUAUGCAGGUGGUGGCCUCCUUGAUACUGAACACUGGAAGUGACUUUACACUGCGGUCAAUAUCAGCACAUAGGGACCGCUAGGCCUUCAUUGGGAGAUUACCUUUAUACUAAAGUGUGUUUGAUGAAAACUAAAAUAUAUUAUGUUUCUAAUGUAAAUAUUGAACAUUGUUUUUUAAAACUACAUGCAUCACAUACUCUAUGCGGUAUGUUUUGUGUUUCAAAUACUGUAUAAAAUAAAAUGUUUCAAAGUUUAA